GUGAGAUAAACUCACCCUAAGUCCUAACUUGACCAGUGAUAAAGAAGAGUAAGGUGAGGAGAAAGGCCGGGUUCUCAGAGCUAAAAUUAAAAGCAAAGAUGGCAGUACUAUGCACAACAGCCCGGUUUUUACCCGCCAAAGUUGAUUCUGAAAUACAAAUUCUUUCGUCCACAACUCCAAAAUUUGGUCUCCAUAGAUCAACCUCCAUCUAUUCCAAACCCAAAAUCCGGUUAAAAUUCUGCUGCAGAAACUCUGGAGACAACAAGCAAACCGCUGUAGUGGAUUUCUCGUUACUAGAAUCCGACCCGCCAUGGGAAAAUGGGAGUGUUUGGAGCAACAUGGGUUUGUAUAUUUUCAGCUUACAUAUACCUUUGAGUUUCGGCGGAUUAUCUGUUGUUGCUCACUUAUUGAAUCAGCCUGAUCUUGAGCCUCAAAUUAAGGCAGUUGCUUUACUUGUGAUUGAGACUCUGGAGUUGUUUGGUGCUCUGCUGCUUCUGGAGUUCACCACGAAGCAUAAGCCUGUUAGCUUCUUUCAAAUUGGCAAAAUGCGUAGUGAGAGAAGCUGGAUGGUCACUGCUGUUCUGGGUUUCGGUGUUCUUGUUAUAGCAAUGUUCUUCACAUCAUUUCUUGCUGACAAAUUGGUUGAUACUAAGGGCGUGAACAAUCAUAUAGUGAAGGAGAUCUUGUUAAGCGGCAGUGUUUCUCAGUCUGCCUGUGCACUUGUAUAUUGCAUAAUCGCUCCCCUGCUGGAGGAAAUCGUUUACAGACGGUUUUUGUUGACCUCUCUUGCGUCGAGCAUGAAAUGGCAGCAAGCAGUAAUGAUAAGUUCACUCAUCUUCAGUGCAGCGCACCUUUCUAGUGAGAAUUUUAUCCAACUAGUUAUAGUGGGAAUAGUUCUUGGGUGCUCUUAUUGUUGGAGUGGAGACUUGAGAUCUUCCAUUCUCUUACACUCUAUGUAUAAUGCUCUAACUCUAGUCAUAACUGUUUUAGCGUAAUUCAGGAAGAGAAGCUGAAUUUCCAUGUGUUUCCCCCUUCAGUUAGCCAUUAUUAUCACUGUUUUUACAAGAUGUUUACUAAACAUUUCUCUUGGUAAAGAUUAGAAUCAAUAGAGCUUGCUAAAUAGCAAAACGACGCUGUGUUUGUUA